AAGGAGUGAUCACUUCGUCUAAUUCCAGCGGUGACUGUAUGUGUGUGUUUCCUUGGGUCGAUAUUUAAUUCCCCGCCUCUAAGCGAAGCGUGUUGUACAUGCAUUCAUACUACGAGCAUUAAUACCCCAGACUUUGGCGCAGGCUCGCCCACAGCAUCAAGACAGCAAGCGUCGCAGAAAUGGAUAUGAACAUGGAUGAGAUUGUAUUCCCCAAUGCCGAGUUCAUUGAUGGACAACAACGUUCGAUUACACAGCAAGAUGACGGCUGGUGGUACAACACUAUCACAGAUCAGCAACCAGCUUUCUGGCCCGUACCAACCGUAGAGUAUCUGCCACCAUCACAUCGGCGACAUCACUCGACGUCGACGCAGUCUUCGUUCUCUUCGAACCCACAAAUCGCAACCAAUGUGGGCAUAUAUCCACAAUGGCAGACACGAUCAUCCAUGGCUUCAACGAAUUCGACUUGGUCAAAUAUAUCCGAGCAAUCAUACAGUGGGGCUAGCCUUGGUGCUUUGAUGCCGAUUCAAUCACCAUUUGCGGCCAGUUCUACUGAGAGUCCUACAUCGCCAACACCAUCGGUUCCACGGAAGAAGACAGUGAAACGCCAGGUUACUCCGGAGAGAGAUGUUUUUGCAACAUGUGUCUCGCGGAGGCGUCGCAAUCGACGAACGCAAAGAGAACCACGGUACUGGUGCACCUCCUGUGAAGAGCCCUUUGUCGAGAAGUAUGACUGGAAACGUCACGAGGAAACUUUUCAGGAGCGGCGCUUUACGUUCUGGUGUAAUCUUUGCAGCGCACUCUAUUUUCUCGACAAGGAUUUUGUGCAUCAUCACGAGACACGCCACAAUUGCGAGACUUGCCAAUUACACGGACACUUGGAAAGUGCGAAGCAGGAGCGUCAGACUCGUACUGGUUGGGGUUGUGGCUUUUGCACGCAUUUCAGCACUGGUUGGCAAGAACGAUGUAAUCACAUCGCACAGCAUUUCGAGAAAGAUGGCAAGACUAUGAUGGACUGGCGCCAAAGCAAUGUCAUCUAUUCUCUCCUUCAGCGACCGGCUAUUCAAUCAGAGUGGCGUAAGAUAUUGCACCUCCAACCUCAGCUGAGGGGAGAGUUUGGUUGGAAUCAGCACAAUACUGGGCGAGUUGAAGGCUACCCGGAAAAUAGAGCGGAACCUCAUCUGCAGGAUCUCCUUGAAUACUACAGAUGGGGUGAUAACGCAGCUGCGCUGGCACAGCUAGCUUUCCAAAAGAUCGCUUUUCCAUCGAGUCCGCCGCAGGCGCCUCGCAAAGACUAUAAAGACCAUCACAAUGCGACUCUGCAGUCGCUAAUGGACGACCAGGUGUCGUGGGACCGGUUCAUGAGCACGAUUCCAGAGGACGAUGUAUCGCCCAUAAGAGUUUGUAAUGUCGACCUGGGUAAUGCGUUCGAUGGAGAUGCGAAGAUCUACUACUAGAGUUUUCGAAGAUUCGUCGUCCCGGACGCCAUCUGCGAGCUUCGGGUAAGCUCACGGCUUGCGAUAACUUCAUGCACCUCAUAAUGUAUAAUGGUAGGGUCUGAUAUACACGUAUUGCAUUAUGCGAAUUCAUGGGCAUUGUGACUACAAAGGCUCUUCUUCGUGCUUGGACA